AUGAAUAAGUUGUUUGGCAAGCCUACUUUACUAUCGGCAACCGGUCGGGAAAGGCUGCCCUAUGUGAAUGCUAUUGUCAAAGAAGCUACCAAAUGGCUUACUGUCACACCCUUGGGCAUCCCUCACCGAACGGACGAAGACGAUAUCAUUAAUGGUUAUUUGGUUCCCAACAAUGCAAUCAUUGUACCGAAUACAUGGUCGUUCAACAAUGACCCGACGAUAUAUCCCAACCCCUGGGAUUUCGAACCCGAACAGUUCCUUUCCGAAUCAGGUGCUCUUGAUCCGGGAGACGUGAGCUUCGGUUUCGGUCGAAGAGUUUGCCCUGAGCGUUCGAUUGCUGAAACUUCGAUCUUUCUCAUAGUUGCCCCACACACGCUGGCCGUCUUCGACAUCAGAAAACCAGCAGGAAAUGGCGAGGAAAUCAAGAGCAUUCUCGAUUCCACAGUUGGCCAUCUGAUCCACGUUGUCCCUUUUAAUGUCAAUUACACCACGAAGAUAGGAACUCGAACCUCUCAUAACGUCAUAUACUACACGCCGUUUUCUGACAUCGACAAGGGUCUUGAUCCUUAUCGUUCUGCCUUUUCCCCCCUUUUUCGAGUUCGAGUAUCACCUUGCGCCCACAACAUCACAUGCAACAUGCCAGGGGUCCCAUCCAGUAAAGGGUGCGAUGCCUGUCGAAAAGCGAAAAAGAAGUGUGACGAACAACAACCCUGCUCACGGUGCCUCAGGCUUAAGGUACCUUGUGAAGGAAGCGGGCAGCAGCGGUAUCAAUUCAAGAAUGUCAAAUCAACACCAAGACCCAAAGCCAAAGAGAAAGCAAUUCGAGUUCGAUCGAAUUUGAAUAUCAUUUCGCAAGCCCCUUGCAAUCCACUAGCCAAUCGGUUCAUCGGAACUCUGGAGAUAAGCGAUAUUCGCUUUGAUAUCUCGUUUUAUGGCUCCUUUCUCAAGGAUCUUCCCAGACGACUCGGAGAAAGUGCAGUGUUGGAUGCUGCCGCGGAGGCUUUGGUCUCUUCACACCCCUUUCUCCAUAGUGUGCGUGGUAAAGAAGUUCCCCGUGACGCGUUGAUGGGGUUUGGGAAAUCCGUAAAGGCAUUACGGCAAUCUCUGGACAAUCCAGUUGAGAUUCGAUCGCCACAUACCCUCUGUGCUAUUUAUCUCAUCUCAAUCUGUCAGGCUUGGCUUGGGAAGUACGAGAAGCAAUCAGUAAGCCAUGGGACAGCCAUCGCACAUUUACUCAAGAUGGUAGAUAUCUCUAGCUACAAAAGUGAAUUCGAAAGAGACUUAAUCGUCACGUUGAGUGUGCCGGUGAUCCUGGACGGAAUAUGCAAUCCGCGAGUUCAAAUGGCUCCAAGUUUCUGGAACGACUUGGUGGCUCUCGUCCAGCAAGGCUUCUCCUCAGCCCCGGAUAGUAUACCACGAUCAACCAUGACUCUACUAUCGCUUUCAAAGUUCCCGGAAUACCUUCACCACCCACACUCUCAUAUUCCCGAGAUCACCGCAGCAUAUACGAAGCUUCAAGAAGACGCACAGAAUAUCUACUCAUAUCUAGACCACCUCAUUGAACCCGCCGGCCUGUCCUCCCUGGUCCAUGGUCGACGAUCGCGCCAUCGAGCAGCAUAUACCGUGGUCAUUGCUUUAGCACUUCUUCUAAACACUAUUCUCCGCGUACUGGAUCUAGAAAACACUGUGCUCGCCACAGAGUCAAGCUUUUUUUGCGAGAGAAUCAUCAACGAGGCGGAGUUGGCUUCCUGUUACCGUCCAAUUGGUGCUGCUUAUGCCGUACCAUGUCUCGUCGUUGCCUUGGGUACUGCAGAAUCUCGACAGCAGCUAGCCCGCAUUGAGGCUACAUUGACGGAUUACCAGACCGACUUCGGGGGGUUUGAAUGGAGGGAGCUUGCUACGUGGCUCAGAGCUGUAUUUCACAGCCAUCGCGUACAGGAAACCCUGAUAUCCACCGAUGUAGAUGUCCUAGCUUCGGGGGUUCCAGGAGCU